GUUCUCAAAGUCCCCUCACCUUAAUGUGACUCUACCCUUCCCUCCAUAAUAACACAAAAACCAAACCAGCAGCACAACUCCGUCCAGAUACCCUUUUUCCUUGUUUUCGGGUACAAAAUGCUUAAAAUAAACACACACUCAAAAGUGCAAAUCCACACACAAAUGGCCACCUCAAUUCUCCUCUCAAGUUCCUUCUCUUCCCACCCUCAAUUCCCAGGAACUCCCAAAUUCAUCUUCUCCCCACUCAAACUCAAUCGCACUGUAACACCGAUUAACACCUGUUCGAAUAGAGGUUUCCUGAAGACCACCCAAUUACUGCCUUCAAACUAUUUGAGGAAAAACCGCAGAGUAUUCGUUAUCGGAGAAUCCGACACGAGUGUUUCCAAGGAUGUUAUGGUGGGUGAGGAUUCAGCAAAUUUCGACUUAGCGAAGCAAAAGAUUACAUCUUGGAUUUAUUUUACUGUGGUUUUGGGGGUUGUUCUUUUCAUUCUCGAUAUUGCUUGGCUCGACAAUUCUACUGGAUUUGGUAAAGUUUUCAUCGAUUCCGUUUCUAGCGUCUCUGAAAGCCCGGAGGUUGCAAUGUUCCUCCUUACCCUAAUUUUUGCCAUUGUACAUAGCGGAUUGGCUACCCUAAGAGACCCUGGUGAAAAACUAAUCGGAGAGAGAGCUUUUCGUGUGUUAUUUGCUGGAACUUCUCUUCCUCUUGCAGUUAGUACAAUUGUGUAUUUCAUCAACCAUAGAUACGAUGGUGUUCAGUUAUGGCAACUACAAAGUGUUCCAUGGUUACAUCAUCUUUUAUGGGUCACUAAUUUCAUAUCCUUCUUCUUUCUUUACCCAUCGACCUUUAAUUUGUUAGAAGUAGCCGCUGUUGAUAAGCCCAAAAUGCAUCUUUGGGAAAGUGGUAUCAUGAGAAUCACUCGACAUCCACAGUUGGUAGGACAGGUGAUGUGGUGUGUGGCCCACACGAUCUGGAUAGGGAACUCAGUAGCAGUAUCAGCAUCAGUAGGGCUAAUCGGGCAUCAUCUAUUUGGUGCUUGGAAUGGAGAUAGGAGGCUAGCAAUAAGACAUGGUGAAGCUUUUGAAAUUGUGAAAAGUCGAACAAGUGUGUUUCCGUUUGCGGCUAUUAUUGAUGGACGCCAGAAAUUACCAAAAGAUUAUUAUAAAGAGUUUAUAAGGUUGCCAUAUGUGGUUAUUACGGGAUUGACUCUUGGAGCAUAUUUUGCACAUCCAAUCAUGCAAGCUGCAAGUUUUAGGCUUCAUUGGUAGUUUUGUACUUUUGUUUAUUGUAAUGUUCAUAUAAGAAACAGAAAAAGAUAUGGAAAUGGAUGUUCGAAUUUGGGUUUUAGAUAGUGAAACAGAUAAAAUUGGAAAGAUUUUAUUCGGUUCUAUAUAGAAAUGAUAUAAUUCUUGGAGAUAGAA